GGCGUCCAUCCGAAGGGGUGACUGCUCCGGGCAGGUGCUCUUGAGCCUCCUCGGGGGCUGGGGUGCGGCAUCCUUCCCUCCCUCCCUCCCGUCUGGCCCUGGCGAACGGCGGCCAGCAGGCUCGCAGGAACUGGGCUUUUUAAACGCUUCCACCAAAGGAUCGCCGGACCAGGAAAAUGAAAGACUUUGAGAGUCGCCAGGAAUUUGACUCUGGGAGUUGGUUUCCAAGAGGCUAAGUUAAGCAUCUCCAAGUGGAUAUUAAAACGGAGCAGAGGCUCGGGGUGGAGGGGGCUGGAGGGGGUGGAGAGAAGAGGCUGCGCGGCCGGAAGCUGCACCUCUGAGGUCACCGCUCGCAAAGCCACCGCUCGCUGGCUAGCUCGGGAGCCAGCCGCCCAGCUCGUGCGUGGGGAGGACCGUGGACUCUUCCAGGGCCCGUGUCUGCUCUCUCUCCUCCUCUGCCUUUUUUCUUUCUCUCCUGCUCCCUUUUUCCUCCUGUUGCAAAGAGACAAUGCUCCUUCAGUUUGGAGCACAAGCAUAUGAUCAGCACAUGGAAAUGUGGUAAUUUGGAUACAUCUGUGAUUGCAACAGAUUGAAGAAAUUAGACCAGACAAAGGGUGUUUUUGGAGGAGGAGGAGUGGAGGAGGAGGCAGAAAGAGGGAGAGCCACGGGGGUGAGGAAGGGAGGACGCUCUGCAACGAAGGACGCCGGGACUCCCGCCUCCGGUUAAAUUUAUCCGUGGUAAUGGAGAGAGACCGGAUCACAGCCUUGAAAAGGUCUUUUGAGGUCGAGGAGGUUGAGACGCCCAACUCCACACCACCCCGGAGGGUGCAGCCGCCCCUCCUGCGAACCACAGUGGCCAGCUCCACCCAGAAGUUCCAGGACCUGGGGGUGAAGGGUGUGGAGCCUGCCCGCCAUGUAGACUCCUUCAGCCAGCGCUCCCCCAAGGCUACACUGCGGCGGGUCGAGCUUCCAGGGCCCAAGGCGGCAGAGCCCAUGUCUCGGCGCACUGAGCUCUCCAUUGACAUCUCAUCCAAGCAGGUGGAGGCCACCAGCACCCCCGGGCCUGGCCGCUUCGGGCUCAAGCGGGCUGAGGUGCUGGGCCACAAGACACCUGAGCCAACCCCUCGGAGGACGGAGAUCACUCUAGUCAAGCCCCAGGAGGCGGCCCACCGGCGCAUGGAGCCCCCCGCCUCCAAGGCCCCUGAGGUGCCCACCGCUGAUGCUGCCCCCAAGAGGGUGGAGAUCCAGGUGCCCAAGCCGGCGGAGGGGCCCACUGUCCCCACACUCCCCCAGACCCUGGAGAAUUCGGAAUCCAGCCCAGGCCCUCAGCUGCAGGGCCGCCUGGAGCCCAGACCCCAGCCCACCAUGGCCGAAGGCCUGCCCCGGAGCCAGGACGCCUCCGAGGCAGCUCCCGGCAGCACUGGUGACAUGGCCGACACCCCCAGGGACGUGGGGCUCAAGCAGGCCCCUGCACCAAGGAACGAGAAGGCGCCCGUGGACUUCGGCUAUGUGGGCAUUGACUCGAUCCUGGAGCAGAUGCGGAGGAAGGCUAUGAAGCAGGGCUUCGAGUUCAACAUCAUGGUGGUCGGACAAAGUGGCUUGGGGAAAUCCACCCUAAUCAACACCCUCUUCAAAUCCAAAAUCAGUCGGAAGUCAGUGCAGCCCACUUCAGAAGAGCGCAUCCCGAAAACCAUUGAGAUCAAGUCCAUCACACACGAUAUUGAGGAGAAGGGUGUCCGAAUGAAGCUGACGGUGAUUGACACGCCGGGGUUCGGGGACCAUAUCAACAAUGAGAACUGCUGGCAGCCCAUCAUGAAGUUCAUCAACGACCAGUACGAGAAGUACCUGCAGGAGGAGAUCAACAUCAACCGGAAGAAGCGGAUCCCGGACACGCGUGUGCACUGCUGUCUCUACUUCAUCCCUGCCACCGGCCACGCCCUCAGGCCGCUGGACAUCGAGUUCAUGAAACGCCUGAGCAAAGUGGUCAACAUUGUCCCGGUCAUUGCCAAGGCCGACACGCUGACCCUAGAGGAGAGAGUCUACUUCAAACAGCGGAUCACAGCGGACCUGCUAUCGAACGGCAUUGAUGUGUACCCCCAGAAGGAGUUCGAUGAGGAUUCAGAGGACCGGCUGGUGAAUGAGAAGUUCCGUGAGAUGAUUCCAUUUGCUGUGGUGGGCAGUGACCACGAGUACCAGGUCAACGGGAAGAGGAUCCUGGGGAGGAAGACCAAGUGGGGCACCAUCGAAGUUGAGAAUACCACACAUUGUGAAUUUGCCUACCUGCGAGACCUCCUCAUCAGGACACACAUGCAGAACAUCAAGGAUAUCACCAGCAGCAUCCACUUCGAAGCCUACCGGGUGAAACGCCUCAACGAGGGCAACAGCGUCAUGUCCAACGGCGUCGAGGAGAAGGAGCCGGAAGCCCAAGAAAUAUAGACACCUGCCUGCCCCCGGACCCUGCCCCCAAGUCUCUUCCGUCCCCCAGGCCCGCCCACUUGCCCCAUUUUAUUUUAUAAAAUUUUCUCCAUGUGUCAUGGUCCUCUGCCCCAUACACGCUGCCCAGUAACAAGAUCACAUGUCUCA